AUGUCGCAGCUCACACCCGCAGCCGGACCCUCACGCCCACGUACGCCCUCGAUGCCUCCGCACACGCCACCACCGCCAGCCGAGUCGUACGACGCGCCGUCGCCGUCGCCAGAGCGCAGCGAGAAGGCGCCGCGCGGCGACGGCGACGCGCAGCAGGAGCAGGAGGCAGAGCGGGCAAGGCUGGCAAUGGAGGAGAAGCAGUGGCUCGUUGCGUUUGACCAUCUCGACGCACAAGAUCCGCGCAACCUGCGCUUCCGGCACAAAUGGCUCAUUCUCGGCGUGUGCUUCUUGAUCGAGGCAUGGGCCAACACCA